AUGAGCAGUCUCGCGAGAUCGAUGGAUACCGCACAAGCUGAUACCGCGAGAUACCGUUCGGCACCGACUCAAGCAUCAAUCUACGCAAACUACCUCGAUAUGAGCGGGACUAUACAAUCAUCAGCAUCAGGCAAAUCUUGGGAAGAUCACUUCCAAUCGACCUUGGCUUCCAUCACCUCGGAUACCAACCGCGGCAUGUCCUUGCUCACCGAGAACCAAAGAGCCCAUCAAGAUACUCUGCAGGAACUCUUGACUCUGACCUCGGCCCAUACACGCGUAUCCGGUCCUGUGGUUCCCCCCACGUACAAACGCAAUCAUACCGAAAAUAAGGAUGAAUCUCUUUCCGAUGCGUCUCCGUCGACCACGAACGCUCAAGACCACACUCACUCUGUACCAAAUCUCCUUCCAAGGUACGACUUUGCCGCAGCCGUGUUCGAGGAACAUCGAGAAAGUGUGGAUGUCAAUCGCACCGAUGUCCUAGUCCAAAAACUCAGGGAUAUUCACGAGCUUGCUUUCAGAAUCGACCAACCGGUCAAGUACUCGCCUCAGGCAUACCGAAACGGUCUCUGGAAAGAGGCCUUCGCAGAGCCGCUGGCGAAAGAAGGCAUGAAAGACAUUCGUCCGGAUAUCUGCAUGGUACUCAGCGGGGAGAGUCGGUAUCCAUGCGACGUCACCCAAGCCGAAUGGGCCAUGUUGAGCGGGAUCGGUUUGAGUGCGAGAUGGUUCAACAUCUUGCCCGAUACACCCGCCCCUCAGCCGGAAGAUCCUCGCAACGGCAAUGUCGAUCGGGAACAGGCGCAAGACGAAUUGUGA